CCGCCCCCUCAGGGUGGUGCGGUCCGGAGCCGCGGGGCGGGGCCUGGCGGGGCGGGAGGCAGGGAGCGCUCCAAGAUGGCGGCGGCGGGGCCUGAGUCGGGCGGCAGCAGCGGCGGGAUGGCGGGCUCAUCUACUUUCAAAAAAUCACUCACCCCUGAGAUGCCAGGUGCUUCUGGGCAGCCAGGCUCACAGACCAUAAAGAAAGGGCACAGAGGAGUGGACUCCACGGGUGAGACUACCUAUAAAAAGACAACAUCAUCUGCCUUGAAGGGUGCCAUUCAGCUGGGCAUUACACACACAGUUGGAAGCUUGAGCACCAAACCCGAAAGAGAUGUUCUCAUGCAAGAUUUCUACGUAGUAGAAAGUAUUUUCUUCCCAAGUGAAGGGAGUAACCUGACCCCAGCUCACCAUUACAAUGACUUUCGCUUCAAAACCUACGCUCCAGUGGCCUUUCGCUAUUUCCGGGAGCUCUUUGGGAUCCGACCAGACGACUACCUGUACUCGCUCUGCAAUGAGCCACUCAUUGAACUUUCCAACUCCGGCGCCAGCGGAUCCCUCUUCUACGUGUCCAGCGACGAUGAGUUCAUCAUCAAAACGGUUCAGCACAAAGAGGCUGAGUUCUUGCAGAAGCUGCUGCCUGGCUACUACAUGAAUUUGAACCAGAACCCAAGGACGCUGCUGCCAAAGUUUUACGGCCUGUACUGUGUCCAGGCUGGGGGCAAGAACAUUCGCAUCGUUGUGAUGAACAACCUGCUGCCACGCUCUGUCAAAAUGCACCUGAAGUACGACCUCAAGGGCUCCACCUACAAGCGCCGAGCGUCCCAGAAGGAGCGGGAGAAGGUCUUCCCGACGUACAAGGACUUGGAUUUUAUGCAAGACAUCCCCGAUGGCCUCUUCUUAGACUCUGACAUGUAUAAUGCUCUGUGCAAAACGUUGCAAAGAGACUGUUUGGUCCUGCAGAGCUUUAAAAUCAUGGAUUACAGUUUGCUUGUUGCAAUCCAUAACAUCGACCUGGCCCAGCGGGAGCACGCGAUGGCAGAUGGGACGUUGCAGGCUGACAUGCGGCGACCCGCUGCCCAGAAGGCCCUUUACUCCACAGCCAUGGAAUCCAUCCAGGGAGAGGCCCGGCGAGGUGGCACCAUAGAAACAGAUGACCAGAUGGGAGGAAUUCCAGCCCGCAACGCCAAGGGGGAGAGGCUACUCCUGUACAUUGGCAUCAUUGAUGUGUUGCAGUCCUACAGAUUUGUCAAGAAGCUGGAGCACUCUUGGAAGGCCCUUGUACACGAUGGGGACACGGUAUCUGUGCACAGACCCAGCUUCUACGCCGAAAGGUUCCAACGGUUCAUGUGCAACACAGCGUUCAAGAAAAUACCCUUAAAGCCAUCCCCUUCGAAGAAGAGCCGCUCUGGCACAGCAGUUCCCCGGCGGAGCUGUCAAGGAGCGGUGCCUUCCCAGUCACACAUGUCUUGUGAGACCAAAGCACAAGUGACGACAGAGGCGGAUGUAGAGCAAGGUUCCCACCUUGGUCGCCCAGAUCUCCUGCCCAGGACCCUGCCAGUGGAUGAAGCCAACAGCGAUUCCAUCGCCACGACCCUGUCCACCUCGUCCUUGGGCAGCGGAGGCCUCAACUCGCCCGCAAACAGGUCAGUGGGCGUGCAAGUGCAUAAAGCUGACAGCUCAGCAAAGGAUUUGACUAGGACAGCUCCUGGCAUCUUCCUGUCUAGUGGCUCCCCAGGGCCUUCCAUACCCGAGCACUCUGCAGAGCUGAGGGAGCAGCUCGAAGACCUGCAGGAGACUGAGAUAAGCUUUGGCCAGGGUGGGGGAGAGCGGGACUCCGUUGCGUGUGUCUGUGGGGCGGAGGGGAGCGGGACCCCCUUACAGUGCCUAUGCGGGACUGGGCAGGAGCGGGGACCUGUUGCCGUGUCUGUGCGGAACCUGGGGGGCAGCAGGACCCCGUUGCGGUGUCUGUGCGACGGGAAGCGGGGAUUGGCCGGUAGCGUGGAGCCCGUCGGCGGGCGCGGUGUGAGCUGUGCUGCGGGCCGGCGCUGGGCCGCGGCCGGCAGGAUGGUUCUGGAGAGCACCAUGGUGUGCGUUGACAACAGCGAGUACAUGAGGAAUGGAGACUUCCUCCCGACUCGCCUGCAAGCCCAGCAGGAUGCGGUCAACAUCGUGUGCCACUCGAAAACCCGCAGCAACCCCGAGAACAACGUGGGGCUCAUCACUUUGGCCAAUAACUGUGAGGUGCUCACCACGCUCACCCCAGACACGGGCCGGAUCCUUUCAAAGCUCCACACGGUGCAGCCCAAGGGGAAGAUUACCUUUUGCACAGGGAUCAGAGUUGCUCAUCUGGCUUUGAAACACCGCCAAGGCAAGAACCACAAGAUGCGAAUCAUUGCCUUCGUCGGGAGCCCUGUGGAAGAUAACGAGAAAGAUCUGGUGAAACUGGCAAAACGUCUUAAGAAAGAGAAAGUCAACGUGGACAUCAUCAAUUUUGGAGAAGAGGAAGCCAACACAGACAAGCUGACUGCCUUCAUUAACACCUUAAACGGCAAGGACGGGACUGGCUCGCACCUGGUGACGGUGCCACCGGGGCCCAGCCUGGCUGACGCCCUCAUCAGCUCCCCCAUCCUGGCCGGGGAGGGCGGUGCCAUGCUGGGCCUCGGUGCAAGCGAUUUCGAGUUUGGGGUGGACCCGAGCGCGGACCCGGAGCUGGCGCUGGCUCUGCGUGUCUCCAUGGAGGAGCAGAGGCAGCGGCAAGAGGAGGAGGCCAGGAGGGCUGCAGCUGCCUCUGCGGCUGAGGCUGGGAUAGCAGCCACUGCUGGGGACGAUUCGGACGAUGCUUUGCUGAAGAUGACGAUCACUCAGCAGGAGUUUGGCCGGGCCGGGCUGCCCGACCUCAGCAGCAUGACGGAGGAGGAGCAGAUUGCUUACGCCAUGCAGAUGUCACUGCAGGGGGCAGAGUUUGCCCAGGCGGAGGCAGCAGAAGUGGACAGCAGCACAGCCAUGGACACCUCCGAACCCACUAAGGAGGAGGAUGACUACGACGUGAUGCAGGACCCUGAGUUCCUGCAGAGUGUGCUGGAGAACCUGCCAGGCGUGGACCCCAACAACGAGGCCAUCCGCAACGCCAUGGGCUCGCUGGCCUCGCAGGCCUCCAAGGAGAGCAAGGACAAGAAGGAGGAAGAGAAGAAGUGAGGGCCCGGGGGGGGGGCCCGGCGCGGGGGGGUCCUGCUGGAGAGGGGCAAUAAAGGCUUCCACGGGCG